CAUUUAUUUCAGGAUAUGUGUUUAGCAAUAGUCGUAUUACUACAAAAAUAUCACUCGCAAUUUGGAGUAUAGCAUUUAGUAGAUUGAUAGAACAUAUGGGCCAUAAAGAACCUGAAAAGAUAAAUACUUUAAUUUCACUUCAUUUAAAUUGGGGCUUAAAAACACAACAUAAAUACAUAAGAAAAAAGAUUCAAAGAAACUUUGAAAAAAUACUACAACUAUUACAACUAUUAAAAUCAUCUUUAGCGCAAAAUAGCAUAAAAAAAGUAAAAAACAUAAAGGAUCAGAUAAAAUGUAAUAUAUUACAAACGAAAAUAGAAAUAAUUGAAAAGAAUAUAAAUGAAGUAUUAGAGAUUGUAAACGAAUCAACAGAGGAUCAGAUAAAAACAGAUAAUGGCAUAUUUCAAAUAAGUGAGUUUAUUAAUGAAGUAUUAAGGAUUGUAAACGAAUCAAUAGAGGAUCAGAUAAAAAUAG